UACAGUAAACGCAGCUUCACUGACAGUAGACUGUUUGUGGAAGCCAGUGCCGCGUCACAUAUUGAGGAAAAUGCCGGAGCUCGAGUUUUGCCGGGCGAGCAAAACGUUGAGCCAGUAAACAGUGCCACAAAACAGCCUUCGCGAAGGAAAACGGCCACCGCGCUGAAAUGGAAGCCAGCAGUGGUAGAUCUUCGAUUCCAGCGCAUGAAGUUGCCGGGGAAAGCCAAGCCGUCACAACAAGAGCAGUGCCGGCGAAUCCGCACUCAGCGGCAAGGGGCAGAAGCUUAACGGACCCGCACCAUGAGGCCGCAAGCAUGACAAUCCCAGCUAAUAUAGAAGCCAGCGUGGUAGCUGUUCCGAACUUUUCGACUCAGAAGGAGCCAAAGCCAUUGAUAGCGGCUUCGCCGGGAAGUUUGGGUACAGAGGCGGAAGCGCGUAAGCGGUUGUACCUGACCAUAGCCAUAACGUACAUGGCAUCUCUAUCGUUUGGAUUUUCCGUGGCUUACUCUUCGCCAGCGCUUCCAAGCAUUAGGAGGAACAUGGAGUUCAGCGCGGCUGAAAGUGACUGGUUCGGUUCUCUCGUCAUGCUGGGUGCAGUCUUAGGAGGCCUAGGUGGUGGCCGUCAACUGAACGUGAUCGGCCGUCGCGGCACCCUGAUUGCCUCCUCACUCUGGUUCAUGGUAGGCUGGCUGUGCCUGGUGGUGGCCACUCCCAAGGCGGCGUUGUUUGUCGGCCGCCUGCUCACGGGCAUCGGCACCGGCAUUGUGGCCCUCACCGUCAGCGUAUUCAUCUCUGAGAUAUCCCCGGCCAACCUGCGGGGCCAGCUGAACACGGGGGCCAACCUCAUCCUGUGUGGUGGUAUUCUGGCCGUCUUCGUGCUCGGCAAGUUCCUGACCUUCUGGCUCCUGGCGGCCUGUUGUUUGAUACCAGCGGCCGCCAUGAGCGUCGCGUUGUUCUGGUGCCACGAGUCGCCCCGUUGGCUCCUCAAAAACAAUCAACGACGCAGCGCGGCUGCAGCGCUGCGCUUUUACUUUGGUCCGGGUGCCGCGAGCGAGUUGGCCACAUUAGAAGCUGCCCUGUCACAUAUGCACGGUGCCACAGGUUUAUCGCUACGAGAUAUGACUUCGCGCCGCGUGUACCGGUCAUUUCUGUGCGUCCUGCUCAUCAUGUCGAUGCAGCAGCUCUCGGCCGUUUCCCUGAUCAUCACGUUCACUCAGGACAUCUUCCAAGAUGCCGGCACAACCGUGUCGCCCGAGGACGCUGCUAUUAUUCUGGCAUUUAUACAGAUGGUGAUGGUAGGAGUAGCCACCUUUCUUGCCGACCGCGUCGGUCGCAAAAUUCUUCUCGUGUUUUCGACGAUACUGUCAUCGGUCUGUCUUGGCGCGCUCGGCCUGUCCUUCAGCUUGAAGGCAAGCGUGGGCGAGAGCUUCAAGGAGACCUAUGGCUGGCUACCUUUGACAAGCCUCGGCCUCUUCUUUGUCGGCUACUCCGUGGGCCUGGGCCCGUUGCCCUGGGUACUACUUGGCGAGAUGAUUCCGCUGAAGGCCAGAGCGUUUGCAACGGGAACUUGCACAGCCAUCUUGUUUGCCGAAGCCUUUGCUGUGACAUUGAGCUACAACGGCAUGCGUGCCAUCCUGGGCGUAGCUGGAACGUUCUGGUUCUACGGAGCAUCUCUUGUCAUUUGUCUUGUUCUAUUGCUUGUAUUCGUCCCCGAGACAGGAGGAAAGGACCUAGAAGAAAUUGAGAAAUUGUUUGGCGGGACUUCAUCCUCGCCACAAGAGUCAGGGGUGAAGAACAGAGAUCAAAGUGUCGGCUAGUUACGCUUUUUUAAAUAUUUAGUUUGUGGAGAUCACUACUCUGUUGACCCACCGACCCAAAUGUGAAUAAAGUAUGAAUGUAUUUUGGUAUUAAUAAUGCCUUUUUGCUGAUAUCUUUGGGAAUCAAAAGGGUUUCAAAAUCAAA